UUUAAAAAGCCCCAACUCAGACUCCAGUUAAUUCAUAUCUCAGUGUACAUGUAACACCAGAGGACAGAGAAUGAAGGAAAUACCACUGUCUGUCAUUAUUGUACUACGCAUCUGGUCCUACGGUGUUAAAGCUCAAGAAUCUGGAAAAGUCUGUGAAAGUCCCCAACUGGACAAUGGCUUUGUUGACCCGGAGCAGAACAUGUACCAGGAUGGCAUGACUUUGACUUAUGCCUGUGAUAAAGGUCUGAAAACACCAAUGGAAGGCUGGUGGGGGAUGAUUACAUGUGAGAAUGGUAGAUGGUCUGAUACUCCUCUGUGUACGGCCAGUCGUUCUUGUGAUGCACCUCCUCAAGUGAACCAUGCAACCGUUGUUCAACAAUAUCAAAACAACUUUAGUAAUGGAUCAAAAGUGGUUUAUAAAUGCAAAAGAUCCUACAUAAUGGAAGGGAAUGCAGAUGUAGUCUGCCUUUUAGGAGAAUGGACCUCCGCCCCCACAUGCAGUCAUGAGGCCUUACGGAAGUGUAGGGACAAGGAGUUUCAGUGCAGUAACAGAAGGUGUAUACCGACCAUAUGGAGGUGCGACGACGAUGACGACUGUUCCGACAACAGCGAUGAGGAAAACUGUGGUUAUGAAAAAGUAGAUCCAUAAUGGGCCUAGGAACAGCAAAUCACCCGAAGAGAGGAAAAGAAAAAUAGAUUGUUUAGGAUAAAACUGAUAAAUGUAGCUUUUACAUUUGGGUCAUGAUAUAGAAAAUUAUUUACAGCACAAGGGCUUCAAAAUUCAAGAGGCACUCGCACAUCUAAGCAGUCUUUUUUUGCAGGUGCAUGGUAACAGUUGAACAAGAUGAAGGAAAAAGGAAACCGCACACUGCUCUUGAUAGUAUCACUGAUCUUUAAUGAGCUUACGUAUCGGCCUCACGGCCUUCGUCAGGGCUUUUAGCACAAGGGGUUAAAAUGGAGGGGAGCAGAGUAGGGUUCCAUCAUGACCGAUCUCCAUCAUCUUAGGACUGGAUAGAGCCUCCUGGGUGGCGCAGUGGUCUAAGGCUGUGCCAGUAGAUAUCCUGGUUCGAGUCCAGGCUCUGUCGCAGCCGCCCAGCCGGCAGGGAUGUUCUUGUCCCGUUGUGCUCGAAUGACUCCUGUGGUGGGAUGAGUGCAAUGCAUGCUGACUAUGAUCACUGCAAUGCAUGCUCACUAUGAUCACUGCAAUGCAUGCUGACUAUGAUCACUGCAAUGCAUGCUCACUAUGAUCACUGCAAUGCAUGCUGACUAUGAUCACUGCAAUGCAUGCUCACUAUGAUCACUGCAAUGCAUGCUGACUAUGAUCACUGCAAUGCAUGCUGACUAUGAUCACUGCUCAUGACUGGAUUACAUUUGGAAACUACAAUCUGAAUGUGUAUGUGGGACACUGAUCCUCCUGUCUUAUGGUUUUCUUUAUUUAGAGGUUGAAUUGGACAGAGAGAAGUCAAGUUUAUUUAGAAGUUGUAUUGGAUAGAAGUCAAGUUUAUUUAGAAGUUGUAUUGGAUAGAAGUCAAGUUUAUUUAGAAGUUGUAUUGGAUAGAAGUCAAGUUUAUUUAGAAGUUGUAUUGGAUAGAAGUCAAGUUUAUUUAGAAGUUGUAUUGGAUAGAAGUCAAGUUUAUUUAGAGGUUGUAUUGGAUAGAAGUCAAGUUUAUUUAGAGGUUGUAUUGGAUAGAAGUUAAGUUUAUUUAGAGGUUGUAUUGGAUAGAAGUCAAGUUUAUUUAGAGGUUGUAUUGGAUAGAAGUCAAGUUUAUUUAGAGGUUGUAUUGGAUAGAAGUCAAGUUUAUUUAGAGGUUGUAUUGGAUAGACAGAGGAAAGUCAAGUUUAUUAAGAGGUUGUAUUGGAUAGACAGAGAGAAGUCAAGUUUAUUUAAGCAAUAAGGCUUGAGGGGGUGUGGUAUAUGGCCAAUAAACCACGGCUAAGGGCUGUUCUUAUGCACAAUGCAACGCAGAGUGCCUGGAUACAGC